AUGUUCGUAUCACGUGUUUUUAUUGUUAGUCUAUUGUUAUACAAUGUUCAGGGAGCCAUCAAUGUGUUCUAUCCCUCUAAUGUCACAGAAGAAAAUUGUUCUGUUAAUCGUGGUUGGACAAUGUGGUUUAAUGUAGGCAAACCAAAAGAUAAUACAAGUGGUGAUAGCGAAGAUAUGAGUAUCAUAUUUACACAAAAUCCCAAAACAUUAUGCCGCAUUCCAUUGGCUAUUCAAGCUCAAUCAGUCAACUAUCGAACGGGUGGUUGGUCGGUUCAAUGGUCCUGGAAAUGGCCGGAUACUACACUCUAUCUGUUAUCAUUCUAUUCGUUUGCACCUGGUGGCGUCGAUUUUCAAGUUCGAUACUAUUGUCCAAUGGGUUCAUUUGUUGGAACGACGACUACAACAACAACUCCAUCGCCACUUGAUAGUAGCACUUGUGGUAAACAACUAAUUACACCACGAUCAAGUAAAUCGAGUCGAAUAUUUGGUGGAGAAAAUGCUAUUGCAAAUUCAUGGCCUUGGAUGAUUUAUUAUCAAGAGAAGAAACUAUGUGGUAGUAAUGUAUGCUCUGGUAUAUGUGGCGGUACUUUGAUCAAUGCAAAUUAUAUUAUUACAGCUGCUCAUUGUAUUGGCACGAAAAAUGCAACAGACAUUACGUUGAUUGCAGGAAUGCAUAAUCGAGUGUCAACUACAGAGACAGCUACACGUCAAUUUCGAACUGUUCAAUCGAUUUAUGUUCAUCCUAAAUAUGAUACAGUAACCAAUAUAAAUGAUAUUGCCGUAUUGCGUGUAAGUGUACCGUUUAUAUUGAAUACAUAUGUUCAACCAGCAUGUUUACCCGGUGGAGAACCAAAACCAAACGAUCAAGUGGUUAUCGCUGGAUGGGGUGCUCAAGUGUUUGCUGGAACAGUGAAUGAUAUACUUAAACAAGCAUCUACAAAAAUUGUCGAUAAAUGUGAUUCUUGGUGGCCAUCCGUAGAUAGUUCAAAACAAAUAUGCGUGGCCAACUCUAUCGAUGGAAGUUCAGCAUGUCACGGUGAUAGUGGUGGACCUAUUCUAGCUCAAUACAAUGGACAAUAUGUGGUAUCUGGUGUCACUAGCUAUGUCAAGGAUUGCAACACAAAGGGAUCUACUAAUUCACCAAAUGUUUAUACUCGUGUAUCAGCUUACAAAGCUUGGAUAAAAACAAUCAUCAAUUAA